AAAAGUGAAAAGAAAGGCACACGACUACAUGAGAUGUCGUUUUGGUCCCAAUUGAAAUUCAAAAACACUCAUCACUACCAAACGGCUCCAUCCAACUGAAUUAGGAAAAAUGCAAAGAAUUGAUAAUCGGUGAAGAGCAACAAAUAAUCAAAUCCGACGCCAACCUGAAGGAUUGAAGGGGAAUUUCAGACUUCUUGUGCUCGCUCCAUCCCUGGAUCAAGUGUGAUAAUUUACUUCGGCUGAAGCAGCCCCAUUUUUACAGUUUGUUCAACCCUCGCUUUCUAUUUUUCCCAAAAUUUCGAAGUGGAAACUGAUAUUCCGUCAAGCGUGAUAUUAAUUUCAGCUCAAUUUGGAGAAGAUAGAGUUGACAGUUUCAAUGGCUAAGCGAAAAGUCAGAAAAAAUACCAAAAAAACUGGAAAUGAUAAAAACAACGGCGAUCUAGAUGAAGUUCGAUUAGAAAAGAAAGAAGAUGCAUUUCAAGACCAUGAAGUUGAACGUCAAAGCGCUGCAAUCAGGGCCCUUCGUGAUGUGGAGAUUGAACAAUUACGUACUAUGUUACGGCUUCUUCGUUCCUAUUUCAGCAAGGAACAGUUGCAAGUUCCUGUACUGCAGUUUUUCAAGGAAAACCUUCCAAAUCUAUCUAUUGCAAAGGAUGGGAAAGAUGGACAGUAUGAUGUGCAAUGGAAAGACAAGGAUUACAACUUAUCUAUGAACAAUGCUGAUGAAAGAACUAUACAUAAUUCUCUUCUACGUCAUCUGUCAAUGGUUUAUCCUGAUUGCUCUGCUGCAAUGCCAUCUUUUGGUGGCUUUGAGUUUUCAAAUAAAUCUGUGAAAACAAGCCUUUUUGAUGCUGAUAAUCUGCAGAAAAGGAGUCUUGUCUUGGAAGAGCCAUCUGAUACUCAAAUGUUAGAACUGCAGGAUGGUCUAAAAACUCCCAAUAUGAAUAAUCAGAGGUUGUCAAUUGGGGUGACACCCAAAACUCUAAGGCUUCCUAAGCCCGGGGAGAUGCUUCUUUCUGUGCAUGGCUCGCCACUUGGUGUUUAUAAAGAAGACAAUAUGGAAACAAUACAGGAGUUGGAAGAUGGAUGAAUGGAAAGUGAAGCUCAAUCACUGUAGUUGAGAUAUUGUUGAUUUGUGGUGAGAUCUCCCUUUGCAUUUUCACCAUUCUGUCGUCGUUGACUAGUAAAUAAAUAGUCCAGCAUAAUAUAGUACUGGAAACUUGUAAUCAAUUCUGUUAGCACCUAAGAUUCUUUUAUCCAAACAUAUGUAGUAUUUGUGAGGCAUAGAUGGUAUAAUGAACAAAACUUUAGCUUCUUUUCUUCAUUGACACUAUGUUGUAUUAUCCUAUCUUACCUACUAAACAUGUCAUUAGUAGUUAAGGGAUGGAUGCCUGAAUCCCUGCUUCAUUGAUUUUGAGUUCAACAGGUAGUGUUCUAUCUUUUGAUGGCCCA